UUACGAUAAAUAGCAGCAAACAAAUAAGAAAACAAAAAUAAAGAAUUAAGCUAACUAAGCUAAUUAAGCGCUGACAACGUUUGCUUUUCAUCGCAAGUUAAGUGUCUCGUUAUUUGUUUAUCUCUAAUACUCAAGUUUUAAAUUCCGUCUCGGAUUUUUCUGUAUAUUUUAUUUCAACGGCUAUCAUUCAAUUUAUGAAUAUGUUUUACCAUACACAAAAACAAGUUAUCAAGUGGUUCUAUCUAACAUCGCUGCUACUGCCACUACUACUAUGCUGGAGCAGUUUGAUCGAGUGCAGGAAACAACAUGUGCAGUCCAACGAAGCUGAUCAUGAGCUCAUGAGCAUUGAAGAAGAUGGUCGUGGAGGUGGUGGUAGAGGCAAUGUCGGGAAUGGUAAUCGUCGGGGGCAUCGCAAAAAACACAAUGAACUCUCAUUGUGGAUCAAUGAGCAACAAUUGAAUAUGUUAAGUGCACUUUUCUUUCCACAAGGCUUUGGGCACGGUCGCAUUUAUGCCAUCGAAAAUGGUCAUGUGCUGAAAGAUUUGCGAGAUUUGCGAGAAAUUAACAUUUAUGAGUACUUGAUUAUUCCCGCCGAAGUCAACUAUAUGAACUUCACGUGGAAAUCGGGUAGCAGAAAAUAUUUUUACCACUUCGAUCGCUUGCAAACGCUGGACGAUAAUAUUCUGAGAGCGCCCACGCUGUCGAUUAAAACGAAAGGACGAAUACCGGCGGAGGAAAAGAAUUUUAGUAUUUUCCUGCCAUGCGCCAGUAAUAACUCAGGUACGGCAAUGUUCAAUAUCGGUUUGUCUAUACAGAACCGCCGGAGGAAACCGUUGCUUGGCACGCCAAUACGUUUGAAUUUCAAAAAGAUAUGCGCACAUAGAGGUAACGCUUCCAUCUCUACACUAACAUCUCCGCAAGGUCCUGAUCCGGAAUGUAAUUUGAAGUGCGGCGAUAAUGGAUUUUGCAAUCGUCAGAAAAUUUGCCAAUGCAAAGCUGGCUAUACAGGUCUGUACUGUGAGGAGGCAUUUUGUUUUCCCAAUUGCCUAAACGGCGGCAACUGUACGGCUCCGUCGGUGUGCACCUGCCCCGAUGGCUAUCAGGGCACUCAAUGCGAAGGAGGCAUUUGCACCGAGAAAUGCUUGAACGGCGGCAAGUGCAUACAAAAAGACAAGUGCCAAUGUUCCAAGGGAUACUAUGGCCUGCGCUGUGAAUAUUCUAAAUGUGUGAUUCCCUGCAAAAAUGGUGGCCGCUGUAUAGGCACCAAUAUAUGUCGCUGCCCAAGCGGGCUGCUUGGAAAUCAUUGUGAAAUCGGCCGCAGGCAGCGUUCCACGUGUAAGCGUCCUUGCAAGCAUGGCGUCUGUAUGCCGAAUAAGACCUGCAAAUGUGAUCCCGGUUUCUAUGGGCAAUAUUGCAAUGCAAGAAUCAAAAAACAUCGUCACCUUAAUAGAUAGGCACAACUAACGCUUUGGAUGGAUCUCCCUUAGCUCUUCUCUUUACUACUUUGUCGGAUUAUUUUUUAUCGAAAAUUUUGCUAGAUCGGUAGUUAGUUUGCUGUAUAGUUUAUUUUUUUAAUCUAUCGCUGACGUAUGCAUAAUUCAACAUCUUCUUUAAUAUGUAUUGUAUUGAAAGUAUAAUUAAUACUAAAUAUUCGUAUGCCUAGUAAAGGCGCAUUAGAAUCGUUUAUUUCUAGAAAUGUUGUGAUAAACUUUUUGUUUAAUUAAUGUAACAAAAUUUUACUUCAAGGAAGUCUGAAAAUUUCUAAUUUA